GGUGCUCCUCGGGGGCCUGGGGCCGGCGGCGGAGGCCCGCUCCAUGACUUCGGACGCCAUGGCCUCGGACACCGUGGUCGGCCUGCACGAGGACUUCAAGGGCCAGGCGCUGGCCGCGGCACCCCCUCCCGCCGCGGCGGCCGCGGUGGCGGCCGAGGUGGAAGCCUCAGUGUGCCCGUCGGAGCCCUUCCGUCCGCACGUGCACUUCACCCCGCGCGCGCUGUGGAUGAACGACCCCAACGGGCUGGUGUACGCGGCGGGCGAGUGGCACCUCUUCUACCAGUUCAACCCCGUGUCCGACGUGCCCGGCAACAUCUCCUGGGGCCACGCCGUCAGCCCCGACCUGGUGCGCUGGACCGAGCUGACGGGGGAGGGCAACCCCGCCAUCCCCUACGACGGCGACACCGAGCUCAUCUUCUCGGGCAGCGCCGUCGUGGACCAGGACAACACCUCCGGGUUGGGCACGCCGGAGAACCCGCCCAUGGUGGCCAUCUACACGAGCGCCAACGCCACCAAGCAGGCGCAGUCGCUGGCGUUCAGCCUCGACAACGGGCGCUCCUGGACCAAGUACGAGGGCAACCCCGUGCUGGACGAGGAGCAGAAGGAGUUCCGUGACCCCAAGGUGCAGUGGCACACCCCCACCCGGCGCUGGCUCAUGGCCGUGGCCCUCGCCGACGACCGCAAGGUCCGCUUCUACUCGUCGCCGGACCUCAAGGAGUGGACGCAACUCAGCGAGUUCGGGCCGAUGGGCGCGGUCGAGGGGCAGUACGAGUGCCCGGACCUGUUCCCGCUGCCCGUCGACGGCGACCUGGAGCGGCUCAAGUGGGUGCUCGUGGUGAACGUGAACCCCGGCGGGCUGCAGGGCGGCUCCUCGGCGCAGUACUUCGUCGGCGACUUCGACGGCGAGCGCUUCGUCGCGGACGACCAGGACCCCAAGGCGGUGCGCUGGCUGGACUACGGCAAGGACUACUACGCCGCCGUGUCGUGGGUCGGCGCGCCCGACGGCAAGCGGUACAUGAUCGGCUGGAUGAGCAACUGGCAGUACGCCGCCAAGACGCCGACGUCGCCGUGGCGCAACGCCAUGAGCGUGCCGCGCGUCAUGUCGCUGCGAAGCCGCCCCGACGGCGGAGUGGACCUGCUGCAGGAGCCCGUGCCCGCGCUCGCGUCCACGCUGCACCGCACCGCCGAGCCCAUCAUGACGGCGGCCACGCUCAACGUGUCGGCCGGCGGCGCGGCCGUGGUCGCCAACGGCUGCGACGGCGCCUUCCUGCUCGAGGUGACCGUGUCCCUGGUGGACGGCGCCACGGGCGCCACCGUGCUGGUCCGCGCCGCGGAGGACGGCUCCAGCGGCACCGGCAUCGUCUGGGACUCGGAGAAGGGUGAGCUGGCGGUGGACCGCCGGAAGUCGGGGCUCGUCGACUUCAGCGCGGACUUCCCCGGCGUGCACGGCGCGCCCUUGCCGUACGCCUCGCUGGCCGACGGCAAGCUCCGCCUCACGGUGCUCGUGGACGAGGGCUCCGUCGAGGUGUUCGCGGACGGCGGCCGCGUCGCCAUCACGGACAUCGUGUUCCCCGACAAGGAGCGCAAGGCCGUGGUGCUGAGGGCCGGGGGCGCCGGGGGCGCCGAGGGCGAGCGCGGCAGCGUGGUGUUCGCCGACGUCCGCGUCGUGCCGCUGCGACAGUACCGCGAGGGCUGCGCGCCGCGCGAGAAGACCUGCCGACUGGCCUUAUGAGCAGGGCCCACGCUGUUAGCAAAUUUUUAAUCGAUCGAAAAUGGCCCAGCCGCUGAUACGGUAUCAACGUGCAACGAGCGACAGUUAUUGUAUUAAAUGUUUUGAACGCCACACGAGCUUGGGGACUUCCCCCAAUUUUCAUUUUAAAAACAAAAUUGGAGUCCUUAUGUUGACCCCUAAAAUGAAAUCAACCUGGCCACAUCGAAGCUGCACUUGAAGUUACGCCUUGGAGUUUGAAGAAAACUUGAAAGCCCCUCGUGAUUUGUGUAUGUGACUUUAUCGGAUUUUAUGAAUAAAAAUGAAUUUAAUGAGGAA